AUGUUGCUCACAGACAGUCGUGCGUCUCGUUGGGCGGCAACAGCCACUGAACACGCAUCGAAACCCCAUACGCCUCAACAGGGACCUCAACAUACACCUCAGCCACUACCCGAAGUGGACGAGCAUCAAACUGAAGUUGGCAGCAAAACUGAAGCUUCUGCUUCUUCUUCCAGACCUACAACAAGUACAGAGACCCAUGAGGGGGCAGCACAGGAGCAGCAACUGCAGCAGCAGAAGCCUGAAUCAGCUGCAGAAGCAGCACCUCCCGCAGCAACAGCAGCACCUUCAGCAGCGGAAGAAGCAGCACCAUCAACUGCAGCAGCAGAACCAGCACCAAGACCAGCAACAACUGCAUCAUCAGGAGCAGCAGCAGCACCAUUAGCGGCAGUAGCAGCACCAUCCGCAGCAGCAGAGGGAGGUGAACGAUCUCCUUCUUCUGUGUUGAGAGAAAUACUGAGGGCUCCCUACGAAGAAGGCGUGGGGCGUCUGUACACCGAAGGGAAGAACCUAGUAGAUAUGCUGCAGCAGAGUUUGAAAGCCUCUCGGGGGCUGACAGCAGCAGCGAAUAUAUCUUCUAAACUCCGCGGAGACAUAGUAAAAGACGUAGAGGCUCUCAGAGACACCCUACAGAAAGAACAUGAUAAUCUUUUGCUGCUUCAGCAGUAUGAACGGCAGCAAGAAGCACUUUUAAAAUCUCAACUCGGCUACUUAGCCCCUCUCAUUGCAAAGGGAAAGGCAGGAGAUGAAAAAGAAAAAGAGAGAGAGAAAAAAGAAAAGCAAGACCAAACACUUAAACAAAUAUAUCCUAACCCACUUCAGAGCACGUACACCUCACGCGCCGCACCCACUUCGGGUGUCUCUGCAGCUGCCUUCGUCUCUUUUCUUUUGUUUGUCUUGAUUAUUUAA